AUGAGUUCUACCCUUAAACAACAACUUGAAGAACAACAACAAUACUAUAACGAAAGAGCAACUCAAUAUGAUGAUUGGUGGCAUUUCUCAGGCAGUUUCGACCAAGGAGAACAAGUUAAAGCAGAGGCAUUAAAAAACAGAGAAGGAUUUUACAAUUUCUUUUCAAAGAUCACCGAAAAUGCUGGUACUGAAAAAUUAAAUGUUUUAGAAUGCGCUAGUGGUAUGUUUAUUUUUAUUUUUAAUUAUUUAGGAUCUUGUAUUUAUAUUUUUUUUUUUUUUUUUUUUAUUAUUAUUAUUUAUCAAGGUACUGGUAAUUUUACAAAAUUAUUUUUAAAUGAAAAAUAUAAAUUACAUUGCGAAGAAGGUUCACUUCAAAUGAUUGAUGUCCUCAAAUCAAAAUUUGAAAAAGAAAUCAAAGAAAUGGGUGAUAACUUCUCAAUCAACCAAACUGAUUUAUUCAGUGAGAAAUUUAACCCAGCACCAAAUACCUACGAUAUUGUAUUUAUGGGUUUCUUAAUUUCUCAUAUUCCACCAUCUCUCUUUAAUGAAUUCUUUUCAAAGUGUACUACUGCUUUAAAACCAAAUGGUAGAUUAGUUUUCAUCGAUAGUUAUUACCAUAAAAGCUAUAAAUUAAAAGUCCACGAAUCUGGUAAAAACAAUAUCAAGUUGGAUGAAAAUUUGAAAGAUGAUGACUAUAUCAUUAAGAGAAAAUUAUUAGAUGGUAAAGAAUUCAGCAUUUACAAGAUUUGUUUCACCGCUGAAUCAAUUAUGAAUACCCUCACUGAUGUUGGUUUAUUAAUGCAAAAUAAUGAUUCAGUUAUCAUAAAUAGUACCUACAUUUUUGGAAGUUAUUCAAAACCAGGAUCUUCAAAUUAA